AUGAGUAAUUCCGUUAAGGAGAACAUAAACUUGAAAGACCGCUCUCAUUUGUCAGCAAUAAAGGAGGAGUAUGAAAGCAUCCCUACAAUACCUGCUCUCGAUUUACUAGUCGGGGAUGUAGUCGAAGUGCUCAUGAAGGCCACCACGCUAGCAUUAGUAGUUUGUCUUCUUGCCUCCCUAUAUGCCGCCGUAUGUAGUUUCUUAGUGCGUAACAGCUUGUUCUGGGUGCUGUUUUCUGUUGGCAGUGUGGCCUUCUGGAUAUAUUCAUUACGGCGGUUAUGGAAUGUGGCUCAAUUAACCUCAGUAAUUAAUGAAGCCCUAAAGGGAGCAAUAGUAACAAGUGUAGGUCAUGUAAUACUGCAGAAUCAAGAAGUGAUGGAAAAGUUUCAUCCGUAUGGCUCCUCGGUCAUGGAUUAUUUUCAAUUUGUUGGUCUGGGAACAUGUAUAGCAGCACCAUGUUUUCUGGUACUCGAUAAAAUACUAAGCGCAUAUGCUCGAGAGAAUUUUAGGCGGCAAGCUCUUCUCUGCGAUGAACGUGCUAAGGCACGACGUGCAUUUUCUGACACAAUAGAGUUUAUUAAAGAAAGAAAACACGAUUUUUUGAACACUGCAUCCACACUGUUGUGCCAAAACACUCAGAUGGCACUGGAAACGAUCGAGCAAUUAGCACCAUCAAACUUUCUUUCUGGUUCACAUGAGCAGCUGACAGCUUGUUCGAUACCUGUUCCGACGGCUUCCAUUGAUGCGGUGCAUACCUCACUCAAGGCUAUCGAGUACAUAUCAACUCACAUUGAAAGUUUAUCUGCGCUGCUCUAUGCUACACCGUCUGGUAUACCUUUGUCGGAUGUGAGAACUUGUUUUGAUAUUGGUCAGAUGGUGCAGAAUAUAGGCGAUGCAACAGCGGGCGGCGCAGCAGUUGCGCAAGUCGAGUUAAUAAUAUAUCAUGUCGAUUAUGCAUUUUACCAUCUUAACGUCAUUGGCGAUGAAUCAGCACUCAGAUACUCGUGUAUGUAUAUUCUGAAGCGUGUCAUGGACCAAAUACAGCCCGGAAGCUCUAUUGAGUUGGGUCUUCAUGUACAGACGUCAAAUUAUGGAGAACUUCUGCCAGUGAAAAAUAAGCCUAUUAGAUCACACGAUAAGUUUAACUGUACGUUUGAAAUAUGCCACGCAAUUAAUCCGUCAGUCACUGAGACAUCAAGUUCUAGUCCAGCUAUCGCGUUAGCUAAUAACAUGUUGAGCAGCCUGGGUGCUACAUUGAUAACAGAGACUUGCGAUAGAAAGAAACGCUACUCUAUCAGUUUAGAGAUGGAAGCCGGUCCACCAUCCGAUUAUCCAUUAGUAGACGAGGAUACGCGAAAACGAAAUUCAUAUUCCGUCAUGUCUGGUGAACCUUCUAUCGAGGAGUUAAUCAAGUUCUCUCAACGUCUACGUGGGCUAAGAGUUGCUCUAUAUGCAACUAGCAAGAGUCCUUUCGCUAAGCAUUUAACUAGCUGUUUGACUACCUGGGGAACUGACAUUUCACAUCAUCCUGUGGGUGGGGAAGAAGACUUCGAGACUCCCCGAUCAGAAACAGGGCAGUCAGAUUCACGAUCAAAUUCUAGAUCAGCGUCAUCGGUGCCUAAUACCAUAGCGUUAAGUUCAACUGUCAAAGGAGACAAAGUCGAUGAAAUACGCGCUCGCAAUGCACAAGUACCAACAUUUAUUAUUAUUGAUGAUGAUGUUGAGGCACUGAGACAGUGGCUAACUUCACAGAAAGACUCACAAUCCCAUAGGACAGGCCCUGCGAUGAACAAUAAUCGGCUAUCAAGAACUAAACAUCCUAUGCACGUUCCAAACCUUUCACAACCCAAUACUGCAAUCAUACAUUUUACGUCUUUAUCGAAUUAUAAAUUGGUAAAGGACAUGAUCCAAACAGUCUUCUCUCCCACGGAUUCUAGAUCAUAUCCGUUACCUCAAGUGCUGGUAAUUCCUAAACCAGCUGGUCCACGACGGUUUCUCACCGCAUUACAUACAGCCCUCAAUAAGGUUGUAGUUGAUCCUGCCUUUAUGCCUAUAGCGACGUCGCCAAUGAGUCCAGGCCAUCCAGGAUACACUAGCGAUGCGGAACAUAAUAAAGAUGGCACAGAACAGCCUACCAACACAUAUUUCUCUAGCAGUGCUGCAGCCAUGUCCACUUCUACUCCAUCAGUCGGAAGAUCACCCGGAAGUGGCUCAUCAAGUCCGAGGACGGGACCGGGAGGAGGCGUAUUAAUUAUCCCUAAGAAUGCUAAGCCGAUUGGUGCUGUGUUUGUAAAGGGAGUGGAGAAAGAAACACCGCUUAGGGUAGAAAACCUGCAGGGAUCCGGAAUGACACUUUCAGAGCCUUCAUCGCCUGUUACUGGCGGUUCUACUAAAUCAGUCAGCGGACCAAAGACUGCCCCUAUACCGUUAAACUCGCCAGUCUUGCAAUCACCGUCUAACGGUGUGACGGGGAGCCGAAGUAAACCUCUACCAAAGCCUAGAGAACCAGCAAGUAUUCCUAUCAACGUAUUGAUAGUCGAAGACAAUCCAAUCAAUCAGAACAUUAUAAAAACAUUCUUAAAAAAACUCAAAAUAAGAUAUGAAACCGCCAACAACGGGCAAGAAGCUGUUGAUAAAUGGCGAAAUGGUAAUUUUCAUAUUGUCCUGAUGGACAUUCAACUUCCAGUAAUGGAUGGGAUACAGGCCACAAGAGAGAUUCGUCGGUUAGAACAGUUACAGAACAUAGGCGUAUUGGACGCAAUUCCGUGCUCAUCACCUGCCACAUCUCCAAAUUACGAAAUGCGCGCACCCGUUAUAAUUGUUGCCCUGACAGCAUCGUCAUCACGACAAGAUAAAGAAAAUGCGCUCGCAGCAGGGUGCAAUGACUUCUUGACCAAACCUGUCUCGCUUAUAUGGCUUAAACAAAAGAUACAGGAAUGGGGUUGCAUGCAAGCACUAAUAGAUUACCCAGCUUGGAGUAAGUGGAAGAAGGAUCAAGAACGGAAAGAGAAUGAACGAAUAUUAAAAGAACAGCAACAACGACAACGUGCUUUAGAACAACAACAAGCACGAUUGAAAGAACGCGAUAAAGAAUUUGAAUUAUGGGACGUGGAGAGAAUGGUAGAAAACAUGGAGGAACUGGUACAUAGAGCACUUCAAAACUCAUCGGGUGGGUUAUAA